CUUCUUGGUACCAUGGCAACUAUGGACCGCAAGGAGGAAGUCCGAAUCUCCAAGCUCUUAUCCUAUAUUCUGCGUCAUGGAGCUGUCAAGGAAAAACUUGCUAUUGAACGAGAUGGGUAUAUCAAGUUAUCCGAUUUGCUUGCACGACCCAAGUUGAAAGGCGUGACAGAGGCACAGAUUCAAUACAUUGUGGCGAACAAUGACAAGCAACGGUUUUUUUUGAAACAAGAUCAUGGUGAUUGGUAUAUUCGAGCAAAUCAAGGCCAUUCAUUACGACAAUUAGAUAGUGUGGACAUGACUCCGCAGCAGACACCUUUGGACACAGUGAUUCAUGGCACCACCCUAGCCAACUGGCACCUGAUCCAACAGUCUGGUUAUAUUUCAAGGAUGAAUCGCAAUCAUAUUCAUUGUGCCAUCGGGUUACCGGAAGAUAAUGGUGUGAUCAGUGGUAUCAGGUCUUCUUCUCAAGUCUUGAUUUAUAUCGAUAUGCAAAAGGCUUUACAAGACGGGAUUCUCUUUUAUCGAUCAGCCAACGAUGUAAUUCUGACUGAUGGGCUGGAUGGCUCUUUAUCUCUCAAGUAUGUUAGUCAAGUCGUGGAUCGUGAUGGAAAAAGUUUAUUAUAGUUACCUUAUCUCGAUUUCCUUUAUAUAUAUAUAUGUAUCGUAUCAUCAUUAGCUCUUUUUUUUUUUUCAUAUGUAUUAUUAGUUUUACCUUCACUCUCUACAUUAUUUGCCCUUUUAUAGUUUCAAUUCAUUCUUCGUUUUUAUAUCAUGAAAUAAAACAUUUACUUUAUUGAAAUGAUAAAUCAUGUAUCAAAAAAAAAA